CCCACGUGCCUCUGGCAGUUUGGGCGAAAGGCGGCGAUCGAGAGGCGCGGUGAGACGACAUCGUGCAGCAGCUGAAGCCAUCGGAGCGAGCCUCGACGAGAGACCCGGACGACGCCAGGAACGACGUGAGCUCUGUACACAACGCUGCUCUGCAAGUCACUGCCAUGGAGAUGAGCAACGCUGAAGGUGGAAGAAAUGGCGGGUCUUGCGACACUGCGGUUACUUCCUCCAUCCGGAGAAGAUCACCCAAAGAAAUCCUGGGUCUUAUUGGCCCUCAACUAACUCGCCGAGAGAAGGCAGAACUUGCCGCCAUGAAAGACAUCUGGUACUAUACGUUCCACAACGAUUCCCGGGGCACCAAUAACUAUGGCUACGACGACGAAGAGCAUAAUUACAUUCUGGACCCACAUGUGCACCUCAACUAUCGUUAUGAGGUGCUCAAGACAAUUGUGGUGGGAGGUCAAGGCCAGGUCAUCGAGUGUCGUGACCACAAGACAAAUAACAUCGUGGUCGUGAAGAUGUUGGUCACACCCUUAAGCUCCACGGAUGAAAUAUUGGAGAUGGGGCUCAAGAGGGCUAUGGAACGUCAACGCAAGGACUAUAACCAGGACUCCAAUGUCGUCAAAGUCCUGGAUGAUUUCACUUUCAGAGGGCACUACUGCAUCGUGCUGGAGCUGUUGAAGGAGAGUCUCCAGCAAGUGAUUGAAGAAGCAGGGCUCCGGGGCUUGGACAUGGCGUUAAUUAAAGCAUACACCAGGGAAAUCCUCACAUUCCUGAAGCAUAUGGAGUUAAAGGAGGCCGUCCAUGCAGCCAUCAGGCCAAACAACAUCAUGGUCAAAGACACCGUGGCUGGCACCAUUAGGGUCAUGGAUUUUAAGACCAGCUUUACUGUGGGAAGUCAACCCAGACACGGUGAUGCCCUGCCAUACAUAGCUCCGGAGAUGUUGCUGGGCUAUGAUUUAACCUGCACUGCCGACAUUUGGUCACUGGGCUGCAUGGUAGCAGAGAUGGCCACUGGAAAGCAAUUAUUCCAGCCCAACAACGAAGACGAUUUUCUUCUGUCCUGCAUGGAGAGGCUGGGUGUGCCCCCAAGAAACUUCAUACAUGCCGCUCCUUACGGAUUGAUAUACUUUGGUGGUUGGAAGAAACCAUACAGCCUGCCGGGGAGCUUCCCACUACACUCUGUGCUCAAGAGCCAGGACACGGAGUUUGUGGACUUUAUCAGCCGCUGCCUCCAAUGGGAUCCAAAUCUUCGGAUGACUCCCACUCAGGCGCUCGCACACAGCUGGCUUCAGGGCAUGGCCGAGGUCCAUGAUCAAGGGGCAGCCACGGCCACAACCAGCACCACCAUUACCACCGCUACCACCACCGCUGCUCGCAGUGUGCAGGGCCGGAUAGCGCUGAGAUCCAGAGAAGAGGGCUCCGGAGAAUACGAUGCAAAGUCUGGAGCCACUGAGCCACGGUAAGCAAAUCUGCAUGUGUCCUGUGUAUGUGUUUAUUAUUUUGUAUCAUUAUUAUUAUGCUUGUUUAUGCAGAAUGAACAUCAUUGAGUCUCAAGACAAAAUAUUCAAGAGGGCCCUGCCAAGUUUUGUUCGCAGUUGGGAACAAAGUUGCUGUGUGUGAUCCCAAUUGAGUGCUUUAGAGGUCGAUUUUGAUCCAAGACCAGUUGUGUUGUUGUGGGUUCAGUUUCGGGGAAGAAGCUGCUGAACCCAGAGGAAACCCAUGCAGAACGGGGGGAGAACACAAGUGCAUUCCAGCCUACCCCACGUGUACAUUCAUCUGUAGACCGAUUUAUUUUCCAUAAUUGGUUUGUGGGUGAGCCCACAUAACCAUGCGGCCAUAUCUUCACCAUCUAACCCUUCA